AUGCCAGAAUCGAAGUACCAUCCGUCGAAGGUCGUGGCCCUUUUUGUUGCUCAGUUUGAUAUCCGGUCAGGCUACCAGCUUGUUUGGUCAAAAUGUUCGGUGCCAGGAAUGUCCUUGGACGGCUUGGACUACAAGGCGUUACCUUCGGGCAUCCACGAGUACCAGAAGGCCACCGUGUUACUUAGCCACAGUCACCAAAAUAAGCUUUACUACGGACAGAGCCGAUUUCGCCAGUACAUCGUGGGGGACCAGCCCCACGAAGGAAGCAUCGACAGAGACACCGUCAAGAUGUUUUCCGUUGGGGUGGUGUGCGAUCCCACCGCCAGCCAACUGGCAGUGGCUCAUACAAAUUGGAAACCCAACGAGUUCAUCAAUAAUGGCUGGGAAUACUCCGAGAUUUUGGACACCAACUUGGAACAGUUUCUUCAGGAAGGAAACUACGCCAACUACGACAUCUUCGAGCGCCUCUACCAAUCGCUCACCUCCCACAUAACCCACCUCAGUGUAGUGCCUCUCCAGCCUGACAUCAACCACCACUUGUUGACCAAGUUGCCCAACUUCGUGGACUUGUUUGGGCCACUCAUCUUUAUUCUCUUCAAGCAGAGCUUGUUGAGAAAACGGGUGUUGAUUUUCAACCGCAAUCACGGCAACAAUGCCGACUACUUGACGGUCAACUCGUUCUCCUACAUCCUAUCGCUCUUGACUGUGAUUCCCCAGAACAUUGAAACGGUGUCCAAGGACGAAAAGAACAACUACUACUCGCAGCCCAUAUACAACGUUGGUUUGAACGACUUAACGGGGCUGGAUCUCUUGAAGACAAAAGCGUACGUGGCUUCAACCAACGACGACGUCUUGCUCUACCAGAAAAACUUGUUUGACAUUGCCGUAAUUAUCAACGACGAGGAAAGCGACUAUCCUGCCAUUUAUAACCACAAGGACAUGGGUGGAGCCCUCGACCAGAAAAAGAAGCUCAAGGCUACCGUCAGGGACUACUACAAGUUCAAGGCCAUCCACAACGAAUUGCACAAGUCCACUGGCUCCAGGCUAACCACUGAGUUCACCAACAAGACCAACAUGUCCACCGACGACUUGAAUUCGGUGCACACAAAGAUCUCGUCGACAUCGUUGAACCAGUUUGAUGACGAGGUCGCAGACGAGCCUGCGUGGUGGGUGAACGAUGCCACAGAGGCAGUCUCGUGGAGAGAAUCCAUCUGGUCGGCGUUCUCGUGGUUUGCCAGUGCUGGCCAGGUGGUGAGUAACACCCACAGUGAGCCGUUAUCCAAGAACGAUCGCAACGGAAGCUUGGAUAUGAUGCAAUUGGUGAAUAUCGUCGGGUUCUUCCACAGCUUGACCAAGAAAUGGAUCUACUUGAUCAACGAGAUUGUCAUAGAGCAAUUGGAGGAGCAGAACCCCGGGGACGAGGAUGCUUCACUCUUCUCUUCGUUGACUUCCAACCACAAAAUUAGCUUGGAGCUUACCUACCAGGACUUGGUAGACAUGGAGCUCGAUCCGUAUUAUGCCCAGGACGUGGAGUUUGUAAGGGAGUUUGUGAUGUUGUACUGGGGAUCUGUGGUGGAGAAUGUGGAUAUCGGGAUGGGCAUCACUGGCAUAUGCUGCUGA